GAAGUUUAUCCACCACUAUACAACGCAGAACAAAGUAAAACAGCAAAACAGCAAACCAUUUUCUAAAGCAGAUUGAUACAAAAUAUCAAGUUUUAACGAUGGGAAAAAAGAAUAAAUUCAAGAAAGAAGAGGAAAAGCCCACGCCUGCAGCUCCUGCACAACAACAACAACAAGGAGGUGCAGGACAACAGGCGGCAAGCCAGCCAUCAACCAGCUCCGGAGCGUCUGCCUCUGGGGGCAAACAGGGCGGCGGAGGAUGGCAGAAGCAGGGCGGCCAGCAGCAGAAAACCCAAGGCGGCCAAGGAUGGGGCGGACAGCAAAAACAAUCGCAGGGUCAGCAGCGUGCACCGCUUCAGCAAACGAGGGCUCAAGGCGGCCCACAAGGAGAGCAAGGUGGUUUUCAGCAACGUCCCCAGGAACAAGGACAACAGGCACAAGGUCAACAAGGCUGCUAUCAGCAGCGUCAGCAAGGACAAGGUGGUUACCAGCAGCGUCCGCAAGGACAACAGGCACAAGGUCCACAAGGCGGUUAUCAGCAGCGUCCACAAGGACAAGGUGGCUACCAACAACGAUCCCAGGGACAACAGCAAGGGGACUACCAGCAACGAUCGCAAGGACAACAGGGACAGGGCGCACAAGGCGGCUAUCAGCAGCGUCAGCAAGGACAAGGUGGCUACCAGCAGCGUCCGCAAGGACAAGGUGGCUACCAACAACGAUCCCAGGGACAACAGCAAGGGGACUACCAGCAACGCCAGGGCCAGGGACCGCCCCAACAGCAGCAAGGAACGCAAUUUGGUGCAGCAUUGCCUCAGCCAGCGGGCAGUAUGAAGCGCGGAACCAUCGGCAAACCAGGCCGGGUAGCCGUUAACUAUCUGGACAUUGACUUGUCCAAAAUGCCGCCCAAGGCCUAUCACUACGAUGUGAAAAUUAUGCCAGAGCGGCCCAAAAAGUUCUACAGGCAGGCAUUCGAACAGUUUCGCAUCGAUCAAUUGGGUGGUGCGAUUGCCGCCUAUGACGGCAGAGCUUCCUGCUACUCUGCGGAUAAGCUGCCAUUAAAGACUCAGAACUCGGAAGUAACUGUGACAGAUCGUAAUGGGCGCACUCUGCGUUACACAGUGGAAAUCAAGGAGACCGGUGACUCGGAAAUCGAUCUGAGCUCGCUGAGGAGCUAUAUGUCGGAUAGGAUCUUCGACAAGCCCAUGCGGGCGAUGCAGUGCAUGGAGGUCGUGAUGGCGGUUCCCUGCCACAACAAGUCUAUUCGGGCCGGUCGCUCCUUCUUCAAGCUGGCCGAGCCUGGUCAACGCCAAGACCUGGACGAUGGCUACGAGGCCUUGGUUGGCCUGUUUCAGGCUUUCAUUCUGGGUGACCGCCCGUUUUUAAACGUCGACAUAUCGCACAAGUCCUUUCCGAUUGCCAUGCCGGUAUUGGAAUAUCUUGAGCGAUUUGGCUUAAAGUCGAGAAUCAAUAAUACCACCAAUCUCGAUCAGUCUCGGCGCUAUAUCGAGCCGUUCCUCAAAGGCAUCAAUGUGAUUUACAAACCACCACAAGCAUUUGCCACGGCUCCGAGAGUCUACAAAGUGAAUGGACUUUCUAGAAGCCCGGCCAACAGGGAGACUUUCGAGCACGAGGGCAGGAAUGUCACCAUUGUGGAAUAUUUCAGGAGUCGAAACUACAACUUGCAGUUCCCCCAACUCCACUGCCUGCACGUUGGACCUCCGAUGAAGAAUAUCUUAGUGCCCAUUGAGCUUUGCACUAUCGAGGAAGGUCAGCCAUUGAAUCGCAAGGAUGGAGCCAAUCAGGUGGCCAAAAUGAUUAAGUUCGCCGCCACAUCGACAAACGAACGAAAGAGCAAGAUUAUACAUUUGCUGGAAUACUUCAAGCACAACCUGGAUCCGACCGUCAGUCGCUUUGGCAUCCGCAUCGCCAACGAUUUUAUUGUGGUGGACACCCGCACUCUGAACGCACCGCAAGUGGAGUACCAGGGCAACAGGUUGUGCCCGGUGAGGAACGGAUCGUGGCGCAUGGACAACAUGCGAUUCCUGGAGCCCAAACCCAAGGCCCAUAAGUGGGCGAUUUUGUAUUUUGAUCCGCCGCAUGGUCGCAAGAUGCACUAUAACCAGGUGGUUGACUUCGAGCGCCAAAUGUUUAACCAAAGCAAGACAGUGAGCGUGAGCCUGGAUGCAAAGGCGGAAAUCAGGAGCUUCAGAGACGAGCGCCACCUGGACGAAUGCUUUUCGGAUCUUAAAAAACAACAGUGCGAUCUGGCGUUUGUUAUUAUUCCCCAGUUUGGGGCCUCCUACGACGUCAUCAAGCAGAAAGCCGAGCUGCAGCACGGCAUUCUGACGCAGUGCAUUAAACAGUUCACCGUAGAGCGAAAGAUGACCCCACAGACCGUUGGUAACAUACUACUAAAGGUCAACUCCAAGCUGAACGGCAUCAACCACAAGAUCAAGGAUGAUCCCCGACUGCCGAUGCUCAAGAACGCCAUGUAUCUGGGUGCCGAUGUGACCCAUCCGUCGCCCGAUCAGCGUGAGAUUCCCAGUGUGGUGGGCGUGGCAGCCUCCCACGAUCCUCACGGAGCCUCUUACAACAUGCAAUAUCGGCUGCAGCGCUCAGCUCUAGAGGAGAUCGAGGACAUGCUGUCGAUAACUUUGGAGCACCUGCGUGUAUAUAAGCAGUACAGAAAUACCUAUCCGGACCACAUUCUCUAUUACCGAGACGGUGUGAGCGACGGACAGUUUCCAAAGAUCAAGAACGCGGAACUGAGGGGCAUUAAUGCUGCCUGUGCUCAGGUGGGUAUCAAGCCCAAGAUUUGCUGCGUGAUUGUUGUGAAGCGCCACCACACUCGCUUCUUUCCAAACGGCGAGCCAUCGCAGUACAACAAGUUCAACAACGUGGACCCCGGAACUGUGGUCGACCGCACCAUCGUCCAUCCCAACGAGAUGCAGUUCUUCAUGGUCAGCCACCAGUCCAUCCAGGGCACGGCCAAGCCGACGCGUUACAAUGUAAUUGAGAACACGGGCAAUCUGGACAUCGACCUGCUGCAGCAGUUGACCUACAACCUGUGCCACAUGUUCCCCCGUUGCAAUCGAUCGGUUUCGUAUCCGGCUCCGGCCUACUUGGCCCAUUUGGUGGCAGCACGCGGGCGCGUUUAUCUCACAGGCUCCACUAGGUUCCUGGAUUUAAAGAAGGAAUACGAGAAGCGCAAGAUUGUGCCCGAAUUCAUGAAGACAAACCCAAUGUAUUUUGUCUAAGCAGCGAGUAAAACUCCUCAAUCUCUUA